AAUCCUAGUCGGCAGGCCGUCGCGCAGUUCAAAAUCUGAAACUGACCCGGAAAACGCCGCUCCGUACACUCUCUGGCUCCGCCGCCGCCGACGUAAUCAAUGGCGAUUUCCGAUACCCUAAUUCUCACAGCCGUCGUCCUCAUCGGCCUCCUCUCGAUCCUUUCUACCUACGCGACGGCGGACGACUCUACUAAAUCCAUCUUAUCCCAACUCUCCGCCCUCCAAUCGAAGUCCCCCGCCGGCGUCAUCCACCUCACCGACGACCUCCUCCGCCGCAUCACCUCCAUCCCCGCCCCCCGACCCUUCCACUCCCUGGUUUUCUUCGACGCUCGUCAUCUCCAUUCCAAUCCCGAAUUGCCUCUCCCGAUUCUAAAAAAGGAAUUCUCCCUCGUCUCGUCCUCGUUCAAAUCGAACAACCCUAACCUAAAAUCCCAAUUAUAUUUCUUCGAAAUCGAAUUUCAAGAAUCCCAAGCCUCCUUCGCCCAAUUCGGGGUAAACACUCUUCCCCACCUCCGGUUGCUUCCGCCGAGCGCCGCCGAUCUCAAGGCGGACUCAAUCCGAAUGGACGCCGGCGAUUUCUCGAGAUUCGCCGAAUCCCUAUCGGAAUUCAUCAAAUCCACCACCAAUUUCUCCGUCGGCCCCAUCGAUCGCCCCCCUGUUCUCUCCAAGCUCCAAAUCGCCAUUCUAACCGUCAUAUUCCUAAUCUCAGCUGCUUAUUUCAUCAAAAAAUUGAUUUCCGGGAACUCAUUUUUGCACGACAAGACCUCGUGGAUUGCCGGCGCGAUCGUCGUGUACUUCUUCAGCGUUUCUGGUGUGAUGUUCAACAUAAUUCGUGGAGCUCCAAUGUUCAUGGUGGACAGGAAGGAUCCUUCGAAUAUUGUGUAUUUUUACCAGGGCUCGGGGAUGCAGCUAGGUACCGAAGGAUUUUCUGUCGGAUUUCUGUAUACAUUUGUGGGGCUUUUGUUGGCAUUUGUGACUCAUGUUCUUGUUAAAUUGAGGAACACGGCGGCGCAGAGGUUGUCGAUGCUCUUCGUGCUGUUCGUCUCGUUUUGGGCAGUUAGGAAUGUGAUUUUGUUGGAUAACUGGAAAACAGGGUACCAAAUUCAUGGCUAUUGGCCUUCAAGCUGGAAUUAAUUUUGCUUGGUGAGUGUCGAACCAGACUGUUCUUGAGUAUAUUUUCUUACAUUGAGACUAAUUGGAUUGUGUGUUUUGUUUCCCAUCUUUGGUGGAUUCGUCUUAAUUGCAUGUUUUGUGUAGACGAUUAUUGAAUUUGAUCAUUUUAUCGACUAUACUGAUGAUUGAGAUGUGGUCGACAGAUGUAGGUUGAAUUUAGGAUGAGUGUUUUUCCUUACAUUGAGACUAAUCGGAUUAUGUGUUUUGGUUCCCAUUUUUUUGGUGGAUUCAUCUUUAUUGCA